AAUACUGGAAGCAGAUUUAGGAAAGGCAUAAAUUGAAGUAUAAUAGUAGUGCGUCUUCUUUGACUAAAGACAUAAUCAAACCUUGUUCGUCUAACCAAUUCUCGUGAACUCAAUUCCCAGAGAGAGAAAGAGAAAGAGAAGUAAUCAAUCAAUCGAUUUGGGUGAUGAGCGCGUGAGUGAAGAAGACGAUGUCAGGGAAGAAGAAGGGGGUGGCGCCGGAAGACGCCAUAAGUGCCAUUGGCUUCGGCUACGAUCUCACCAACGAUCUCAAGCUCAAAUCCUGCAAGAACCACUCCAGAUUGAUCGCUAUCGACGCUCAAAACGUUCGCACCAUUGAACUCCCACAUCGAAUUUCUAUCCCUAAUGUCCCCAAAUCCAUCAACUGCGAUAAAGGUGAGCGCACCAGAUUGUGCUCCGAUGUCCUCUCUUUUCAGCAGAUGUCAGAGCAGUUCAACCAGGAUUUGUCACUGUCUGGUAAGAUUCCAACAGGCCAUUUCAACUCUGCAUUUGGGUUUUCAGGAGUUUGGCAAAAAGAUGCUGCCAAUACCAAGACUCUUGCUUUCGAUGGUGUAUCCAUCACACUCUACAGCAUUGCAUUUGAGAAAACCCAGGUAGUUCUUCAUGAUCAUGUCAAACAAGCUGUUCCUUCGUCCUGGGAUCCGGUUGCAUUGACAAGAUUCAUUGAGAAGUAUGGAACUCAUGUUAUAGUUGGGGUGAAAAUAGGAGGAACUGAUAUAAUCUAUGCGAAGCAGCAGUACUCUUCUCCUGUCCAACCUGCUGAUGUACAGAAAAAAUUGAAGGAUAUGGCAGAUGCAUUCUUCUUAGACAAAGCUGGACAGUAUAACAAUACUGGUGGGAGGUCUAAUGCAAAGGAAAAGUUUAUGAAGGACAAUCCGCUAGAUUUCAUGGAGAUUCAAACUGGUUCCUACCAUGAAUCAGAGGUACAGGAUAUCAAGUUCAUGUGCAGGAGGAAAGGUGGAAAUGGGAAAAAAUCCUUAUCCCAUACUGAGUGGUGCCAAUCUGUUCUGUCUCAACCUGAAGUGAUAUCAAUGUCAUUUGUACCAAUUACAUCUCUACUUGGUGGAAUAAAUGGGAGUGGAUAUUUAACUCAUGCCAUGAAUCUCUAUUUACGAUAUAAACCACCAAUUGAUGAACUGCAUCAGUUUUUGGAGUUCCAGCUUCCAAGGCAGUGGGCCCCUGUAUUUGGUGAGCUUGCCCUUGGGCCUGAAAGGAGGCCACAGAAUACAGCAUCUUUACAGUUCAGUUUCAUGGGUCCUAAGCUCUAUGUAAACACAAUACCGGUUGAUGUGGGAAAGAAGCCCGUGACAGGCCUUCGAUUGUAUUUGGAAGGAAAGAGAAGCAAUUGCUUGGCAAUCCAUUUACAGCACCUCUCCUCCCUGCCCAAAACCUUCCAUCUCCAGGAUGAGCCAAAUGGGAAUGUGUCUAAUGACUCUUCGGAACGCAAGUACUAUGAGAAGGUCCAGUGGAAGAGUUUCUCUCAUGUUUGCACGGCCCCUGUUCAAUUAGAUGAUGAUAUCUCCGUCGUGACUGGCGCUCACUUCGAAGUUGGAGAAAGUGGUCUUAAGAAAGUGCUCUUCCUAAGACUUCAUUUCUGUAAAGUUGUUGGUGCAACCCGUGUGAAAGCACCGGAGUGGGAUGGUUCUCCUGGCUUGACCCAGAAAUCUGGAAUAAUCUCAACAUUGAUCAGCACUCACUUCUCAGGUCCACAAAAGCCACCACCGCCACGCCCAUCUGAUGUAAAUGUCAACUCUGCUUUGUACCCUGGGGGGCCUCCUGUGCCUACUCAGUCACCCAAACUUCUAAGGUUUGUUGACACAACUGAAAUGACAAGAGGACCACAAGACUUUCCUGGCUAUUGGGUUGUAUCUGGGGCAAGGCUUUUUGUGGAGAAGGGUAAAAUAUCACUUAAAGUAAAAUAUUCUCUUUUAACCGUGAUUUUACCUGAUGAAGAGGUGGUAAGUUUUUAAUACAUCAAAUGCGGCGGGGUGGAGGAUAAUCUCAUCAACUAAAGUUCAAUGAGAUGGGCGUGUGUAUAUAACAGUGUCUGAUUCUUUUCCUUUGUACAUUUGCCAUUAUUUGUGUAUACCUGCACUGCAGAAACUUUUGGGGGAAUUCCUUGAUGUAGUUUUGGGAAAGGCUUGUGUAGUCAUGCCCGUUGCAUUCUUUUUUUUUUUUCGCCUGUAUGUUUGAAUGUAGUCCUAUGUUAGUGGCUUCUUCUAUGCAGCAGUUCAUCUAUCUUUUAUCUCCA